CAGCCGCGUUAUUGUUGUUGCUGCUACUAGCUGUAGCAGAGAAAUCCUGAGUGGACGUUAGCUAGCUCCACUAACGUUUUAAACUCAUGUUAUUUUAAUUCGUGAGCAAUAUUGGGAGCACACAAGAUGCCAAAUCGGUGUAGCAGGUUUAAACUACGAGUAGGUGUCUAAUGAGGAAUGACACAAUGCUAUUCGUGCCUUAUUGGUGCUGUAUCCGUCCGUUAUUACAACCAGCUAGCCAGUUGUAGCCUCCUUCUCCUUACAACAUUAGCAGCAGCAGUAAGAAAUAGCAUCUGUAGCCAAUGCCCUGACCGGUUUCCUUACACUAAGGAGGGUGUUAUUGUCAUCUGCACACUAGAGGAAAUGUCAGACCUCCAUCUGAAGUGUUCCCAGCGAGUCCAGGACGAGGAGGCUAGAAUGAGAGACGAAGGCGUAAGACUCUAAAACAGAGACAGAGGAGAUGAUUUCACGAUACAACAGAAGACCUGUAUCACACAAACUUGAGAUUCGGGGGUUGUCCCGGAGCAGCCUCGACCACCACCCCCUCCCAGAGGAAGCAGAUGAUAACCAAACCCCUCAGCGCUACCUGCAUGACCUCCAGGAAGCUGUCUCGGCUCACAACAGCUCUGACACGUCUGCUGCGUCAGGCCACUCUGACUGUCCCACCGUCAUCUCAGUAGACUCCAGCCAGUCCUGGUCAGGUAUCCACAGCUCCACUGGCACAGGUAUCUCCACAGAGAGGAGCUCUGUUUUCUCCUGGGGCUACGAUGAGUUUGACAAAGCAGCGUCACGGCAGGUGCAGCAAAUGUUUGAGGAGAUCGACAAAGAGCUGUAUGAGGGGAGAGGCAGCGGAGGAGGGAUACUCCAGGGGCUGCAGGAUGAAUGUCAGCAGUGGGCCACACGUUUCCCUCAUCUUCGGAUUCUUGGGACUCAGCUGGUGUGUCCCAGUGAUGAGGGCUUCCAGUGGUAUGCUUCUUCAGGUUUAAGCAGCUCUGCCAGCAGCCCAUCAGCAGGCAAAGAGAGCAGUGGAAAGUCCUCGGAGAAAGAUAAGGGCGACAUAGAGUUGAAUGUGCAGGGAAGGAGAGCAGCACUCACCAAGUCCUCCUCAGCAGAGAUAGAAGAGACUCCUGAUCCUACCAGCAGCCACGACAAGCCGAGAGUGAUUGAAGUGGAGGGUCAGAUGGAGGAAUUUCUGGCAUUUGAUAGCAGGGAUUUGGAGGACGAGUGGGAGCAGGAUAGUUUUGGGUCAAGUCGGAGGCAUCACUGUUUGCCCCCUGUCUCGCCAUACCGGUGUCGCCGUCAAGCUGUUGUAGACCUGCUGUUUGAUGAUGUGUGGCGGCAGCUAGUCGGCUGGAUGAAAGAGCUGGUUCAACGCCACUGGGAAUGCUGCACCUCAAUUUCAGAUGAUGACAAGAUUUGUGGGAACUUGAGCCCCGUGCAGCAAGACUCCCAGAAUCCCUUUAUGCCGCUCUCCAUGCUGCCCACAGUGUUGUCGAAACCAGGCCAGAGUCGGGUGCCCCCCCUCACAGCUGGCCUGCAGAUCCAGGCUGGCCGAGCACCAAUAGGAGCAGCAUCCACCCAGCACAACCUGAAUGACCUCAUCGUGAUCCAUAGCAUCUCCCUGCAGCAGAGGAACUUGGGUGUGCUGGACAGAAACCAGGAGCCAGAGGAGCGGGCGUCCUAUAGACCAUGCUCCAGUGUGGGCCCCUCCAGCAAACCUCGUCCCCGCAGAACCCUGGAGCAGAGCACUUCCUCGCUAUCCCGCCUGGCACUGUCUGCCCAACGCAGGAACCUUCAUCCCCGAAACCUCCUGCCACUGGUUCCCAGCCCGAGCCAGUCCAUCGUAGCGGGAUCCAUGGACGAGGUCAUCAGAGGGACACGUUUAACCACAGCCAGUGACCACCUGGCAUCUCCGCUGUCUCCAAUGAGGAGGAACACACUCCUGCCUCCCAUCAGCGCUGGAGAACCAGAGACACCUCAGUCAGGGCAGAGGUCUAAACUUGCACAGCGACAGAAAGGCACAUCCAGCCGUGCACACAGUGCUAUAAAUGACAAAGCUGGCAUUUCAAUACCAAGGGACCGUCACCACCUGCUGGACGUCUUCUCUCGCCCCAACACCACUCACACAUACAGGUCAGACACUCCAUACCGGCGUUCCUUCACAGUGCUGGACAGCAUCGGGCAGGGCCGUCCGGGCAGAGCCUCUGUGGCUGCAGAUUCUCUUGGAAUUGGUGUUACUGGCAUCAGUUUUGGCAUCAGCAGCUCAUCUUUCUUGGACUCGUAUUCCCAUCAUCCUUUGGGGCAUUUGCCCAUCAAAGAUGAAGAGGAGCCGGACCCACAAGCCCCUGUCUCAGCUCCACUGGUGCCUGUGUCGGUCCCCUCUCGGUCUUACUCCCGAGGAAUCUCAUCUAGAGCAAAGAGACCUGGUUUGUAGUUUC